CAAUACAUACACACAUGGCGGUCGGUCGACCCAGUAUAAUUUCAGUGUGGUAGCAAAUAAAGCAAUGUAUUUCGUUGAUUAAAUAUUGAUUAUCCGCUUAUUCUACUAUCAUGGAAACCGGAGAUACUAUAGUUGAUGUAGGUGCAACUGUACCUACCGGUUUUGAGUACCUAAUAAAGGAGGAGUGUGCAGAAAAACUUCAGACCCAGGCCCAGCAUCGAAGAGGGAAAGUUUACUUUCCAAUCAAAUUUGAAGACUUGAAAAAGGUUACCACAUUGAGAGGAGUUGACAAUAUUUAUGUUGUUGGUAAAGAGAUAAAAGAUGAAAGGCUUCUCAAAGAGAAGGAUGAGGCGAUAAAGUUUCUCGUUGAUUUCACCGAAUCGUUCAACUGGUUGCCAGUUCUGAAGGCGUGGCAGUCAUUCAAUGGAACAAAUUUUGACCUGUCUGUGCCAGACCAGGAGUCUAGUAGCGAACAACGCAACGUCCCAUCAUUUCGUGUCACUUGCACAAGGUCGGGAAAAAAUCACAAGUUUGGGUCACCAGAUGGUGCUUGUCACGUCGGUGGGAAAAUCAAUGAUAUAUACCAUUGGCCGGUUAAAAUGAAGAACUCGGAUUUGGAUAUUUUAGUUGAAAUAUCAGACGACAGCGUCAUCUUUGGAAUCGCACUGACGAGGGAAAGUCUACACAGAAGGAACAUCACACAUUUUGGGCCAACAACGCUGCGGCCUACAGUUGCAUAUGGAAUGCUAAGACUAGCAAGUCCACAACCAGGUGAUGUAGUUUGUGACCCCAUGUGCGGAGGAGCUUCUGUCACCAUAGAGGGGGCAUGUGCAUGGGAGUCCAAUUAUUUCUUGUCGGCGGAUAUCAAUCAUGUUGCAACUGAACGCUCAGUUGCAAAUCUUAACGAUAUUGCAGCUUACAGGAAAGAACAAAAAAGAGGUGGACUUAUGAAUGAUGUGUUGCGAUGGGACGUGUGUAACAUCCCUUUGAAAACAAACUCUGUAGAUAUUGUUAUCUCAGAUAUUCCAUUUGGAAAGAGAAUGGGCUCAAAAUAUAAGAACUGGCAGCUGUAUGAAGGUGGCCUUAGAGAGAUGGCAAGAGUGUGUCGACCUUCGACCGGGAGGGCAGUGUUGCUUACACAGGACAAGAAAUGCAUGCACAAGACUUUGAAUUUGUUGUCCCACUUGUGGCGCAGGAAAACUCAAUUGUUCAUCAACUUGGGAGGCAUGGCAGCUUGUGUUUACCUUCUCCAACGAUGCAUGGAUAGAUCAAAAUAUGAAGGUAGCACUGAAAACAGAUGGACGACAGAUGGCUCUGGGGAUCAAGCUCCAAAAGAAGAACCAGAUGUGGAGCAUUAGAAAUGAUAAAGCAAAAACCAUUAGACUUAUUUUUAUGUUUUAAUUUGUGUUUAAAAGUAUUUUAAAUUUCUUCUUUAAAAGUAUUUUAGGAACCAUUCGAUUUAGUAGUCUUCACAAUGAACCCCAAUAAUUUAGGUGCAACACCAUCAUACAGCUUAGUAUGACCAGUCAGAUGCAGUCUGUAGAAAACGCCCUGUUCAUUAAUACUUGCGAUUUAAGGACAAAGGGUUUACACUUAUAACUUUAAUACCAAAGUAUACAAUGCCCCAGUGAGAAAUGUAUAUAUGUAUGUGUUUAGAGUUGAGCUUCAACAUUAAAAUGAAAGGUGUUAUUAUUUUACUGUACAGUA